AUGCCUCAACCCCGACCUUGUCAUGUCCAGCCAUCUCCGGGGCUCGCUCGAUGCUGGUCUCUGAAUGACGGCUAUUCCUGUCCAGCAACCGAGAGCUCUCUCAGCAAGAGCUCGGAAGGCAGUUUCACGGUGACAUGGGACGAGUCGGACCCUGCCAAUCCACGCAACUUCCGCCUCGCGCGGCGUUGGUUGAUUGUAAUCCUUGUUUCCAUGGGCUCUCUAUGCGUCACAUGUGCGUCGUCGAUAUACACCACCACAUACGCCCAGAUCACCGAGGAGUUCCACAUCUCGCGCAUCGUGGCCACCCUGGGCCUUUCAUUCUUCAUCUGGGGGCUUGGAUUUGGUCCGCUCGUCCUGGCUCCUUUAUCCGAGUUCUACGGCCGCCGCCCGAUCUACAUCUGCUCCCUUCUGCUGUUUCUGAUCUGGCUGGUCCCCUGCGCGGUGGCGCAGAACGUUCAGACGCUCAUCAUCGGCCGCCUUUUCAGCGGCCUGGCUGGCAGCGCCUUUCUCAGCGUCGCCGGGGGCACCGUCGCUGAUUUAUUUGCCCGCAAUGAGCUGGCGGCACCUAUGAUGGUGUACACGGCCAGUCCAUUUAUCGGGCCGGAGAUUGGUCCUUUGAUCGGGGGGUUUGUUAACCAGUUUAUGGAUUGGCGCUGGUCGUUUUACCUGCUCAUGAUCUGGACCGGUGCGCUGCUGAUAGCGGUGACUGCCUUUGUCCCAGAAACCUACCAUCCUAUGCAAUACAGCCUCCUCAAGCGCAGGGCCCAGAAAAUACGUGACGAGACAGGCGAUGAAAGGUGGAAAAGCCCCCUGGACCAGAACAGCACCAGUAUAGUCAGCAGCAUCCUCCGGUCCAUGUACCGCCCGAUCCUCCUGCUUGUCCUCGAGCCCAUGUGCCUGAACCUGUGCAUCUUCUCCGCAAUCCUCCUGGGCAUCCUGUAUCUGUUCUUCGGCGCCUUCCAGCUGGUAUUUGCCUCGGUGUACGGCUUUUCGCUGUGGCAGCGCGGCUGUAGCUUCCUUGGGCUGCUAGUCGGUAUGCUUUGCGCAAUCUGCACUGAUCCGCUCUGGCGCCGCAAUUAUGAGAGGCUCGAGCGGGCGGGUAUGGCAAGAGGCAAGGACGUGGAAGGAACCGGCCAAACCUCUAGAGCCCCUGAGCAUCAGCCCGAGUGGCGUCUCCCUCCAGCCAUUGCAGGCGCUCCCUUGGUCACCAUCGGCCUCUUCAUCUUCGCCUGGACCAUUUACCCGGAUGUCCAUUGGAUUGGCGCAAUGGUCGGCAGCGCUGUCUUUGGAGCUGGGACCAUUCUCGUCUACUCGGGAAUAUUCACCUUCCUCGUUGACGCCUACCCAUCCUACGCAGCAAGCACGCUGGCAGCGAACAGCUUUGCACGGUCUGCGUUUGCUGGUGUAUUUCCUUUGUUUGGGGUGCAGAUGUACAAUCGUCUUGGGUAUCACUGGGCCACUAGUCUAUUGGCCUUUCUCACGCUGCUCAUGGCGCCUUUUCCGUGCGUUUCCUCCUCCAAGCCCCGUAUCUUCUCAGCCCCGGCCAAGUCUGGCUCUAACCCUACAUCAGGUAUUUAUUCUUCCGAUAUGGUCGCCGAAUUCGGCGCAGGAGUCGAUUUGCUGCUGUCAUGUCUCGGAGGGAGGGAAAAGCGUAACAAUGUUCCCGUUCUUCCUUCACUGGCUAUGUAG